AGGUGAAUGUUUUUAGACGCGUAAUUUUCAAUUGAAUAAAAUAAAGCAUCGUGUGUUCUGCUUUACUGCUGUAGUUUUUAAGUGCAUUGAUAUUCGAAUAUGUGGGCGAAGUCUUUGACCACAGUAGUUCAAAAUGCAGCUAAAACAAGCGGUGUUCGGGCGGCUUCUACAAUUUUACCUGGGGAGCCUAAAGAGCCAACCAUAGUUACCUCGGAAAUACCAGGACCAAAAUCGAAGCAGCUUAUUUCAGAACUGGAUACUGUGACACAAAGUGGAACUAUACAGUUUUUUGCCGAUUACCAAAAUUCGAUUGGAAAUUACAUAGCAGAUGUAGAUGGAAAUAAAUAUUUAGAUAUAUUUAUGCAAAUUUCAUCGAUGCCUCUAGGAUACAACCACCCAGAAAUGUUAAAUGUUUUCAAAAAUGAGGAGAGUCUAAAAGUUUUAGUCAACCGUCCAGCACUUGGAGCUUUCCCUACAGAAUAUUGGCCGAAAAAACUGAAAGAAGUCCUGAUGUCAGUGUCACCAGGCCUACCAAAUGUAAUGACGAUGAUGUGCGGUUCGUGUUCUAACGAAAAUGCCUACAAAUGCUUGUUUAUGGCGUACAGAAAACAUCAAAGAGGAGAAGAUGUGGAUUUUUCUGAGUUGGAAAAAUCUUCAUGUAUGGUUAACCAACCUCCUGGUGCUCCAAACCUAUCACUACUUUCCUUCCACGGCGGUUUCCACGGAAGAACCAUAGGCACUCUAUCUACUACACAUUCCAAAGCUAUACACAAACUGGAUAUUCCUGCAUUUGACUGGCCAGUGGCGCCUUUCCCAAAGUAUAAGUAUCCAUUAGAACAAAACGAGAGAGAAAAUCGACUUGAAGAUGAAAAAUGUUUAGCCGUCGUAGAAGAACUGAUUGAGAAAUACAACAAAAAAGGUGUUCCCGUUGCUGGUAUAAUCAUCGAACCGAUCCAGUCGGAAGGAGGAGAUAACGAAGCAUCUCCUGAAUUUUUCCAAAAACUACAAAGAAUUGCAAAGAAAAAUGGUGCUGGCUUUUUGGUAGACGAAGUCCAAACGGGUGGAGGAGCAACUGGAAAAAUGUGGUGCCACGAACAUUUUAACUUGGACAAUCCACCAGAUAUAGUCACUUUCAGCAAGAAAAUGCUGACUGGAGGAUUUUAUCAUAACUUAGAUCAUAAACCAACACAAACUUACAGAGUCUACAAUACCUGGAUGGGAGACCCAAGCAAACUACUGCUGCUUGAAUCAUUCCUGAAAGUGAUGAAGCAGCAAAACCUUUUGGAUCAGGUAAACACUGUUGGAGCUAAGCUAAAGGCUGGUCUACAUCAAUGCCAAAAUGAAUUUCCAGUACUAAAUUCUGUCAGAGGAAGGGGGUCAUUUUUGGCGGUAAAUGUAGAAACCUCUGCUUUGAGAGACAAAGUAGUGGCAAACUUAAAGAAAAAGGGUAUACUUACUGGAGGAUCCGGUGAAUUGGCUAUAAGAUUUAGACCAUCUUUGACACUGCAAGAGAAUCAUGUAAACGUAUUUUUGGAUCGAUUCAGGCAAGUCCUCAAGGGACUAAACUAAACUGAGAAUGUGUUUACAGACACCGACGACGUUUUAAUGAAGUAAAAUAUUUUUACUGUGCAUUUAUUUUUUUAAUGAUAUUGUAAAAAAUAAAAAUAAUAAAUAUUGAAUUUUUGUAAAACAAAUUGUUCCAAUAAAACAUUUUAAUACUGUGCUUCAAUUA